AUGGGAAGCGGCGUUGGAUUUCUCCUCCGUGUGGUGCUGGCGGCCUCGGUCCUGCUAGCGGUAAUGUCUGUGGCCUGCGCUGGGGGGAAGUACCAGCUCGGUCUCGGUUUGGAGGGGCAGCUGGCCGGGUGGGUCUCCGCGAGGUCGAGCUGCACGGGAACGGUGGCGGAGUGCCUGGCCGAGGACGAGGACGAGUUCUCCCUUGACUCAGAGAGCAACCGCCGUAUCCUGGCCGCUUCUGGUUACAUCAGCUACGCCGCUCUCCGGCGGGGCUCGGUCCCUUGCUCCCGGCGCGGCGCCUCCUACUACAACUGCCGCCCAGGGGCCCAGGCCAACCCCUACAGGCGCGGCUGCAACGCCAUUACCCGGUGCCGCUCCUAG